AUGCCUAGUGAUGUUUUAGGCCCAUUUGGGAACGCUACUGGGUCUGAUUCUCACGAUUUUCGGAAACCUACAGCUAAAGUUGUCACUACACAACUUUAUACAGCCACUCUACUGGGACUAUUCGCUCUAUUUUCAUUCUCAGUACUUUUGAAGAAGCUUCCAAGACUAUAUGCUGGUAGGAAGUUUAAAGAUGAAAGUAAUCUAAGGCUUCCUUCGUGGGAUGAAAGUAGUCUUUUUGGGUGGCUUAAUGUCAUUUACAAGAUUCGAGAGGACCAGAUCCUGGAAUAUGCAGGGUUGGAUGCAUUUGUUUUCCUAGGAUUCUUUAAAAUGUGCAUAAAGCUAUUGGCCAUAUGUUGUUUCUUUUCUAUUUGUGUCAUAUCUCCCAUUAGGUUCCACUUUACGGGUCGCUACGAUGAUGGUAAUGAUGGGACUGAUUUCAGCGUAAAGGAUAGUGCCCCUGAAGCUGCCAAGUACUAUUUGUGGAUGUACGUGGUAUUCACAUAUUUCUUCACGUUUCUGACACUGUAUCUAUUAACCUCACAGACUAAACUAAUAGUCAAUACACGACAAUCGUAUUUGGGGAAACAAAAUACGAUCACAGAUAGAACAAUAAGGCUCACCGGUAUCCCAAUUGAAUUACGUGAUGUCGAAGGUUUAAAGAAAAAGAUUGAGAGUUUAAAAAUUGGUAAAGUAUCUUCAAUUACCAUUUGUCGAGAAUGGAGCCCGUUAAACAGAUUGUUCAGAUAUAGGAAAAAGGUGCUGCGUCGGUUGGAAUCAGGAUACAUUUCCUGUCCCCCCGACCUACGUGAUCGUGAGCAUUACACUGAGACUUACCACUUGAAUAGAAAUGGAGACUCCAAUGAUAGAGAUACUCCAGAUUCUAAUGAAGUGACGCACACUGACUACACGGAAGACAAUAACAUUUAUGGUCAAGUAUUUUUACGUGAUCGUCCCAAGAUGAGAACUGGGCUCUUUGGUAUCUUUGGCCCUAAAGUGGAUGCCAUUGACCAUUUGGAGCAACAAUUGAAAUUUUUUGACCAAGAAAUUCAGGAAGCUAGGAAAAAGCACUAUUCAGCUACACCCACAGCAUUUGUUACUAUGGAUUCUGUGGCCAAUGCACAAAUGGCAGCACAAGCGGUUCUUGACCAUAGAGUUCAUUAUUUUAUCACCAGAUUAGCACCUGCUCCACACGAUAUUAAAUGGGAUAAUGCAUGCUUGUCAAGAAGCGAGCGCAUGACCAAGGUUUAUUCGGUUACUAUCUUCAUUGGUCUCUCUAGUGUCUUUUUGAUUAUUCCUGUAUCAUACCUGGCUACAUUAUUGAAUUUGAAGACCAUUACGAGGUUUUGGCCAGGUUUGGGUAAACUAUUGAAGGAGAAUAAAUGGGCUGAAAAUAUUGUUACCGGUUUACUACCCACUUAUCUGUUCACCAUUCUAAAUUUUGUGAUUCCCUAUUUCUAUGAGUAUCUGACAUCUUGUCAGGGUCUGGUAUCUCAUAGUGACGAGGAAAUAUCUUUGGUGUCCAAGAAUUUCUUUUACAUCUUUGUGAAUCUGUUCCUAGUCUUUACCCUAGCCGGUACUGCAUCUAAUUAUUGGGGGUAUUUAAGUGAUACUACGAAAAUUGCUUACCAGCUGGCAACGUCAGUAAAGGAAUUUUCGUUGUUUUACGUCGAUUUGAUCAUCUUACAGGGUAUAGGUAUGUUCCCUUUCAAAUUACUGCUUAUUGGUAGUAUGAUAGGUUUCCCCUUUGUGAAGAUUAAAUCUACCACACCAAGACAACACAAAGAACUGUACCAACCUCCAAUCUUUAAUUUUGGUCUACAAUUACCCCAACCAAUUUUAAUUCUUAUUAUCACGCUAAUUUACAGUGUGAUGAGCACCAAAAUUUUAGUUUCAGGGUUGGCUUAUUUUUUGGUUGGGUAUUACGUUUACAAGUACCAAUUAGUAUACGCUACUGAUCACUUACCUCAUUCCACAGGUAAAGUUUGGCCACUUAUCUACAGAAGAGUCAUUGUAGGGUUAUUGCUAUUCCAAUUGACUAUGGCGGGUACUUUAGCUGGUUUUGAAGGGGGCUGGGUCCUCUCUUCCUGGUUAUUUGCUGUGCCUAUAAUUACACUAAGCACCCUUUGGGAUUUUGAAAAGAACUAUAUGCCUUUAGCGCAAUAUAUUGCCCUAAGUUCUAUUCGUGAACACGAAAGAGAUAAUUCUAUGACUUCAGCUCCAGUGGAUGACGAUUCUUAUCAAUAUCCAUGUCUAGUGAGCGGACUUGAAGGGCCAAUGCUAUAA